AUGCCGAGAUUCCUUGUAUCUCACAUGAGAUCAGCUGUCAAGACGACGAACCUUUCGCCUUCAUACUCAUUCGCGACGACCAGAGUCCGUCCUCUAUCAUCGACAAGCCGAGUCGAAGCCGAGAAGUCGGCCUCCUCAAAGAAUGAUUCGACUCCCGGUUGGUCUGGCCGGCAGACAGAUGACCACGCGGUCAAACGAGACGGGCACGAUGUCCAGUCCGAGUCGGCCCACCAAGGGAUGAAAGACCACGAAUCGCUCAAGAAAGGCAGUCAAGCCAUCAGUCGUCAAGACGAAGGAAACAACAACAAGCGUGCCAAACAAGACAGGCCCGCUGCUCCUGAGCCGGUCAUCGGUAUGAAUGAUGAAAGAGGUGGUAAGGGACACUGA